UGAUCCAUGGGCAUUCACCAUCAUCGUGCCUGGUGACCUGCUGGCCUACACCAGGUACAGGAUCACAGCCUACCCGGCUAACGCUGCAGGACGGAACAAGAACGUGAAGAAAGAUGCCGAGUUUAGGACCAAGCCACAAGCUCCGGGGAAGGUUACCAAUCUGAAGGUCCAGGAAGCUGCCAGCUCUCUCACCGUGACCUGGGAUGGUCCUCACGACACCCCGCCCAGAGGUCAACUGGAAGUGUUCACAGUCAGUUGGCAGCAUCAAGGAACACAUGGAACAGUGGUGGAACACCGUCACCGUCUCGGCCAAUACAACGAUUUACAUCAUUCAGAAUCUGGCUGAGAACAAAAUCUUUAUGAUAAAGGUGGCGGCCAAGAACAAAGACGUGAAGGACAAUGGCCCUGAGACACAGGUGUCGGCCCAGACUCGCCCAGGAAAGCCAUCUCCCGUCCUACACUUGAGGCAGCUGUCAGUCACAACAGACAGCCUGGAAGUUGCCUGGGACCCGCCCUCACACCCAGCGGGCGCCCUGGUCCUCUACCAGGCCUCUGCUCGGGUCGUCUCGGACCAAGCCACACAGGAAGAAGUCAUCCAUCACAACAUUACAGGCAAUGUCACCCGAGUGGAGUUCUCAGGACUACGUGCAGGUGUGGAGGUGGAGGUGAAGGUGUGGGCGUGCAACAGUCUACAGUGUAGUGACUGGACGGUGGAGCGGUACUGGACCAGGCCACACCCACCACAAGUGACCUCAGAGCUGCAGUGGGUCACAGCUUCAAACCACUCUAUUACCAUCCGUCUGCCAGCUGUGUCCUCCUAUCCUGUGUACCAGUGGGUUGUGGUGACUCGGGACACAGAAAAGACUCAGAACCCUGAAGAGGUCGGCACCCGGGUCAAGAGUCUGGUCCUUGGGCGACAGGACACAGUGGAGGGAACACUGCAGGAGAGGGCCCAGAAAGGGAACAACGCAGGGAGCGAGGAGUGGAUCUCUGCCAAACUCUACCAGGAGGCCGACAACAUAACCCAGGUGUUUGUGGUUGGUGACGGGCAGGUAUCGGAAGGCUACAACAACUCUAAACUUCAGACUGGUGAAUCCUACUGGCUCACUGUUGUCACCGAGGCUACUGCCGGUCCGCACCGAGAGCUGGUGGUGUCUCCCCCCCAGCACCACACAGCCAACGCCCACAACAAUAUCGGCGUCUACCUGGGCGUGGCACUCGCAAUAGUCCUGCUCAUGGCACUGACGUUGGUCUUCCUGUGGCUCCGCAGGCCUAGCCCGAAGCCCGGCCUCACCAUCUACGAGGACAUGAACACGCACCCACACGUUCCUAAUGGUGUGUUAGACAAAGAGAACCACUCGUCACAAAUUGUUCUUCACCGUCUGAGUUUGACCUCAGAGGCCGGAGGGCGACCCACUCAGGAGCGGGCUGUGACCCCUACGGUGGAGAAAGUUCUAGAAGAGAACCCCGUGGCCGAGGAAGAGGUCCCUGAUCCUCCCCGCGGCGGAGAAGGGUAUCAGAAUGCAUCCCUUAUUGUGACCGAGUCUGAAUAUGCCAAUGUCUCACGUAGGAUUCCAUCAGCUCAGGUUGAAGCCUAUCUCUCCAGGGCCAUCCACUCGCAGGACACCGACGUAGAGUUCAAGAGCGUGAGGGUGUACAUGGACAAGACGUGUCACGACGGCCAACGAGAGGAACACCGCCGCAAGAACCGCUACAAGAACAACCUGCCGUAUGACGACACCCGCGUGAGACUGCCACCGCUCCCAGACCAACCUCACAGUGACUACAUCAACGCCAGCUACAUCCAGGGUCACACCAAACCUGAUGCGUUCAUCGCCUCGCAAGGACCGAAGGACUUCAACGCUGACACCAUUGGGGACUUCUGGAGGAUGAUCUGGCACACUCACUGCCCCAUCAUCAUCAUGGUCGCCAACCUCGAGGAGAACGGCAAGGUGAAGGUGGCACAGUACUGGCCGGACGAGGGUCAGCCUCUGGUCAAAGACGGUAUAGAGGUUAAAAUGGUCUCCACAGAGGUCCAGCUGGACUUCGUCAUAAGGAAGAUGGAAGUUAGGAAGAUGGACGAAGUGAGAGAGGUGAAGCAGUACCAGUACACAGCCUGGCCCGACCAUGGUGUGCCACAGAACCCCUACGGUCUGGCACAGAUGAUCAAGCACAUUACCAAGGAGCCCGCUACUGGCCCCUUCACCGUUCACUGUAGGUAUGUUCCCGUCACCGUCCACUGUAGCGCAGGGAUCGGGAGGACGGGGACGGUGCUGCUGGUGCUGGAGAUGCUGGAGCAGCUCAACACCUCCCAGUACAUCGACCCCCACCAGGCGCUCCUCAACCUCAGGAACGGUCGACCAAGACUGGUGGAGAACAUUAUGCAGUACAUCUUCGGUCACCAGCUGCUGCAGGAAGUGUUGUCCGGAGUGAAGACCAGCUACACCUGUGGAGAGUUCCCCAAGGUGGUGGAGGAGCUGCGUCUCCCUCAGCCUCCCUCCAACACCUCCACUAUACUCCAACAGUUCCAGAAGCUGAAGGCCAUGCCCAAGGACCUGAGCUUCAAGUUUGCAAGUGACCCGAAGUGUUCCCACCUCAACAGGGACGCUGACAUCCUUCCAGCGGACAGCAGGAUGGUGUUCCUCCAGAGUUUGGGCGGCGGUCUGGAGACGCAGUAUGUCAACGUGGCCAGAGUCAACGGUAUGGACCGCAAGGACGCCUACAUGAUUGGAGAACACCCUCAGUCACACACUGUACGGGACCUGUGGCGCCUGGUGUAUGAGAGACGAGUCCCUGUAUGGACCCUGCUGCACACCCUGCCUCCACUCCACCCGGACUUCCCUGAUGUUGUGCCCGGCGUGGAGCCGCAGACUGUUGGCAAAAUGGUGAUCAAGCAGACUGGGAGUCAAGUCUUCCAGAACUUUACUGAGUACUACGUGGAGAUUACCGUUCCUAAGUCACAUUCCUCAGCAUGCCACAAGUGUGUGCUGUUGUUGAUGAAUGGUUGGCCUCACUCCGACCUCCUGCCGGCCUCCCCUGAGCCUCUCCUCACCGUCUUAGAGAGGGUAGAAGCCAUUAGCCAAAGCAAGAGCUCCAGCCUGUUUACCUGCAAGGACGGGGUGACGGGGUGCGGGGUGAUGAUGGCGCUGCUGCAGCUGGUGGCGAGGAUGAAGCUGGUGCAGGAGGUUGACGUCUACCGCUCCGUCCUCAGCGUCAUCUACGACAGACCUCAGUUCAUCACCAGUGUCGAACAGUAUGACUUCCUGCACACGGCAGCCGUCUGCUACCUCAACGCCUUCAACGUCUAUGGAAACUUCAACUGAUCUUCCUGCAAGUCUUCACUUUCAUGUCAGUCUUCAGUCACUAAGAAACCCUCAGCUAACCUCCCAGCCUUUUCUCAACCACUACGUCUAACUCGGUUCAAUACUCUACCAGCUCUCAGCUGUUGGGGAUACCUCAGCUGAUCACCCUACCAGCUGUCAGUCACUGUGCCGUGUGAGGAGGUACAGAAGCUGUGGCCCGUGUAGUAACCUGCACCACACGGGCCCGAGGCCAGAGUCACGGACGGUGACCUUGGAAAUAUCAGGAAAUACGUUUGACAUGAAAUACAAAUUCCUUGACUGUAAACAGUUCAAGCCAUCACGUUGUUUUACAUCUGUAUAUUUAUACGUAUAUAUAUUGUUACGGCCCUCUCGGGUCGCAACUGGGUUCUUACUCUGAUGUUGUUAGAGGAAGGGUAUCUGGCCCCAAGCCAGUAGUGGCUUUCAAGGGAUGAGAUCCGUAACGCAAUUAACUUAAAGGGGAAGGGAAAUAAAGGCAAAAACUUAAGAUUAUAAUUAUUACCAUCACCAAUAAAUAAAUAAUGUAUAAAAGAUUACACGGGGGGGAGGGGUAUUAACACUACACAGGGGAAGUAUAUACACGGUUGUCUUCUCUCGGUGCCAAGUUCUCGGUGCUCACGUGGUCUCUCGACGAAUCCUUCAACAAGCUGAGUCUACCCUGGACACAGGCCAGC